AUGAACGCGGAAUGGGCGAAAUUUGCCUUGGCCAAUGUGACGUGUGAAUAUGAACUAAACAGCCAACAAGCGCCCCAAGACGGUACCACGGUUGGUCGGCGGGUUCGGCGAUCGGAAGAGCUUUUACGGCAAGCGUCGGAAUUUGUAUCGCGCGGAGAAACCUUCCAAAAUGUUAGCCAUAAGUUUGACAUACCAAUCUCCACUAUACGCUUCUACAUGGCACGGAAAGGAAUACUCCCGCGAAGGAAACGAGGCCGAACGGCAAUGUACCCCAGCAGCAUAUCAAAUCGGCACCAACUGGCAACGAUUCCAACGGCUGCUGCUGUCGCUCCAGGAAGCCAAAUUCAUCUGCAACAGUAUCAUCAACAGUUGAAUGAAAACAUGGCCAUUGCGGGCGCUCAAUUUUCGAACCCGAGCACAUCGACCGCAGAAGAGAAAUCUCACCGGAACGGCAGCAACGAGAGUCGAUCACCCUCGCCCUCAGGGCCGCCAUUUCAUUUUGCCAACUAUAAGCUACCCGAUCUACGGUCUAAUUUGCUGUAAAACGUGCGCUUGCUUCAUUUGCUGACCAGUUCGAUGCACGCCGGUUUGCACCCUUGCGUUUACAAAGCUUGUUUUACAUGAAUAUUUGCAUGAACAUUUCCAGACAGUACUGGUUUAUGGUUUACAACAGCUACAUCCGUGAAUAGAAUAUGAUGAUCGAACACAUAUGCCCUGCAGCAUGUGAGGAUCAAUUUAAAAAUAAUGCACAACCUUAUAUCGUGUACAGGUAUAGCGAUACGCUCUGCUUCAUGGAGCCUCUGUCCUUGCUACAGCAAAUAUCGCUUUCUUUACCAGUACCUUGCCACUUACCUCCGCAUACCCAAUGAUCUCAAGUGAGGCGCAACGUGACGCGUGCGAAGAUAAAUAUAUAUCUAUUUACAUGUAUUUAUUUUUGUACCAUCUUGUGAGACGGAAUCUUGCCGGAGACGGAACUAUUAUCAAUAAUCCCCAAACCCCAACCAAUUCGUACGAUGCCACUUUAAUGUACUUUAUCGAAACUUUCAACACUAAGAAAUAUGAUCAUGGAAACGUAAGAAUUUAUGUGAAAAUGUGUCGGUGUUGCGAACGAAUUCCACCAUGCAAAGCCGAAUGCCAAAUGUGUUGAGUAUUAGCUAAUCAUAAGUAUGGUUUACUA